AUGAAUAAUUCCCACCGGGAAAUACAAAAGGCAAUAAUAGAGUGGUUUGAAAAACAUCAACGACAAGACUUGCCUUGGCGGCAACCAUUUCUUUCUAAAGUAGGUUCCACAACAACUGUUGGAGUUCCCGUUUGGGUACCAGAUCCAUACCAUGUGUGGGUUUCUGAGGUAAUGUCGCAGCAGACACAGAUGGACACCGUUAUUCGUUACUUUAAACGAUGGAUAGAUAUAUUCCCCAACGUGGCAACUUUAGCAGAAGCAAAUGAGGAAUCAGUUAAAGCAGUUUGGUCAGGUAUGGGGUAUUACCGACGUGCAAUGUACUUGAAAAAAGGUGCAGAGUAUGUCUUAAAACAAUUUGGUGGAAAUCUUCCCUGUACGGCGAGUCAACUUAUGAAAGUACCAGGAAUUGGACCUUAUACUGCUGCUGCUAUCGCAUCUAUUUGUUUCGGUGAAGAAGUUAUAUCAGUUGAUGGAAAUGUUGUCCGAGUAUUAAGUCGAUUGCGUUGUGAAAGAGAUUUUGAUCCUAAAGUACCAAAAAAUAUUAAAACUGUAAUACAGUGGGGACAGGAAUUAAUGAAUGAUGGUCCUUGUAAUAACCCAGGAGCUCUUAAUCAAGGACUGAUGGAAAUAGGAGCAAGAGUCUGCAAACCAUCUGGACGACCACUUUGUGAACAAUGUCCAGUACAACAAUUUUGUAAAGCCUAUGCGGCUAAAGAACGUGGUGAACUAGAAGUUAUUGAAGGUAUAAUACCGUUAAGAGCGUUAUCGGUAAAAAAGAAAAAAGAAAAGGUUAUUUGUGUGGUACACGAAUUUCUUGAUAAAAAUAAAGAUAUACCAAGUUUACGACAUUUUAUUGUGGUACAGCGACCCAACGAUGGUCUCUUGGGUGGAAUGUUAGAGUUUCCUUCUAUAACAUAUAGUUCGUCAUUUGAAAAUGAUACUAAAAAAGAGGUGGAAAAUACUAAUGGUGAUUCUUACAAUAACAAUGGGGAUGAUUAUAACGAUAAGAAAAUUAUUAAAUUACGUGAAAAGUUGAGUGCAGGUCAUUCUGCCAUUAUUCCUAUAGGUUCUGUUCGACACAUAUUUUCUCAUAUCGACAUGGAGGUGAUGAUUUAUCAUGCACUUUGGAGUGAAUCAAAGGAAGAGGAUGAGAAGAUUAUCCGAGGUGCAAAAAAAGAGGAAACUAGUAGUUUUAGAAUGGAGCAACUAGUAUGUGCUUCAUUAGCAAAAGAGCUUGGUAUUGUGCCGUCACGUAUUUGUGUGAAAACAGAAGAAGAGAUAAUAGGGUCUGCAGCUAGUCGACUCUUGUUAAAGAUUCUUUACAAAUUGCCACUGAAUACAAAUCAAGGGAAUUCUAAAGUAAUGACAGUUAAAAAACGCCCAAGGACAACCGUUUGA